AUGGCAGAUUACUAUUGCUGCCUUCCGGCAGUCUCGCACAAUCUCUUCGCAUGUUUCGAUCAAAGCAACAACGAAUAUAUCGCAGAAUAUGCUGCUCAGCUUCUUGAUAUUGCUUACAAGCUUCGUCAACCACUCUUGUUCAAAGAUUGUCUCAUUCACGUUACUGGUUAUAUGCCUCCUGACUCCCGUGAUUUCCAUCAUGUUUGCAGCAAAGUGGUCUGUGACGUCAUAAUGAAAGCUCGUAACGAGGUUAAUCGACGAGUCGUUGACGCCCAGCAACGUCUCCUGCUAUGCACAUCUAGCGAGGAGCGCUCGAAGCUUCUAGGCCAUUUUUGGGAGACUGGCUGUGAGGAAACAGAAGGGCAGCUGAGCUUGUCUCGUUACUUCAGAAUUCUGGCGGAGCACGACAGUGAAUUUGCCAGUGUCCUGUCUAACGUGCUCCAAUGCGAAUUACGUUUACCGUCUGAAUCAAGUCACGAAGCGGGAUCCCGUUAUCUCAAUGAUACGGAUCACUUCUAUUGCGCAAGAUUGUUGGACAGAGAUCUACCAGUACGUAAUACCGAUUCUCUUGAUUCUAGCAUAUUUUUCUCUCAAAAUCUGAGGCUUAUCUACUUAGUGGGAUCCGACUGA